CGUGCAACAGCUGGGUGUCGGGAGGAGGAGGGCUUCUCCUCCUUCUCCUGUCCUCUUUCCCUCCCUCAGUCGGCAUCCGGACGCCGUAAGAGACAAACGUGUAAUUUUUGCCGCUCUCGCUUCGUUGAUCUGAAACUCUCCCCGCAGCCGAUUCUGCUUCGUUCUCGUUUUGGACAACAUUCAUCUCGUCCUUACGGGGGGAAGGAAUGGGGGAAAUGGUAUACUUAAGAUAAGGAACAAUUCGCGUCCGGCGGCACGUAAAGAUUUAUAGAGAUAUACAAAGAGAAGGAUUUGACAGAUAUUUUUAUUAUAUUUUUUUUUAUUACAAAGCCGUAGUUUUGAAAUUGCUCUCUAUAUGUAUAUAUUAUCUAUCAAUAGUUUAUCUCUCUAUAUAGAUAUAUAUCCUCUCUAUCAAGAUUUCCGGAGAAUUUUAAACGGCUAAAAUAAUAUAGAGCAAAUCUAGAACGCAACAGUAUGCCGUUGUGAUUUGUCAGUGUCGUGUUAAAAAGCAGUGGAAAAAUAAAAUAAUAAAAAGUGUUAUCGUCGAGACUAGCAAUGAACAGCUGAUGAUUUAAAUCACAAUUAACUGACAAUGUUGUUGUUGUUCCUGUUGUUGUUGUUGUAGCGAAUUCGUCCACGAGUUUCUGAAAGACGAAAGGGGAAAAACAACAGUACACGCGGUAUCUGGCGUUGAAUCUUCACAGCAAAUGGAAGAUUAACCUCCAGAAUGCAGAAGUGUAUUGUUGUACAUAAUUGGUCGCCGGGGAUACAAUAACCAAUAUACUUUGAGUGAGUCUACGGCAGCGGCAGCAACAGCGUCUCUUGUCCGGUUCGUAGGUGCGGCUCCAAGGUGAACAGAUGACGACGGGAAUAACGUGAUAUUGUUAUUUUCAGACAAUUAUGAUGCAAUGGAAUCUCUCUCCUCUCUAAAACUCAGCGAUAUCAGAGGCCAGAGGAACACACUCGACAAAAAUCGGGUUUGCCCUGAAUAGGAAGAACCGCCAUUAACGAGGUACCACCUGGAAAAGACUCGAGAAUUUUGUGGGAAAUAAUUCUUUGCUUGUUUCGCAUGAGAGUAAUAACUCUAUAUUUUCUAUAUAUAUUUAGACGCACAAAGGUACAGUAAGCAUUAAAAGUGUUGCACCAGUAUAUGUUUAUAUAUAUAAAUUAGAGCGAAUUGAGGUACAGUAAGCGUUAAAAAUGACGAACCAAGGCUCAGUAUAGAAAAUAAAAAUUAUUGGUUUGGGUCCUUGUGAGAGUUCAUAGUUUAUGAAAUUAUAUUGUAACCAAUUGUCUUUAGUAAAAAAUACACGGAACUAUGGCGGAUAAAGUGAAGAUACUGUAGAUUAUUUAUUUCCAAAAUCUUCCAGCUUACUAGAAAUCAGAAACUGUAUAUAAUCUUCACCUAUUGGACUGAUUUAGUAGAGGGCUGCUUAACAUUCUGCUAGAGAAUAAAAUUAUCAUCACAAUCCGGACCUCAAAAUGGGAGAUUUAUAUUAAAAAACAGAGUGAACGACUUAUUUUUUUGUGACGUCAAGACACCACCCCUGCAGGCAAGAUGGAGGAGAGCUCGCCAGUCGAAUUUGACACCAACGACUCAUUUCCCCUUAACUGCUCGUACCUCAACGAAUCAAGUCUAGACAACAACACGGGAAACUGCACUCUGGGCGUCUUCUCCGGAGAGGUCUCCCCGAUUCACAUGGUAGCAAACAUCGUCAUGCAAGGAUGCUACGCCAUAGCUUUCCUGGUUGGCCUGUGUGGCAAUUCACUAGUCAUCUACGUCGUCACGAGGUUCUCCAAAAUGCAGACGGUGACGAACCUCUACAUCCUAAACCUCGCAAUCGCAGACGAGCUCUUCGUGAUCGGCAUCCCCUUCCUGAUGAUCACCUCGGUCUUGGGCUACUGGACCUUUGGGUCCAUCAUGUGUAAACUCUACAUGAUCACGACCUCACUGAAUCAGUUCACCAGCUCGCUCUUCCUCACCAUCAUGAGCGCCGACAGGUACAUCGCCGUCUGCCACCCCAUCAGUUCGCCCAAGUUCCGCACGCCCAUGAUCUCGAAACUGGUGUCCCUGACGGCAUGGACCACCUCGGCCCUCAUGAUCGUCCCCAUCUUCAUGUACUCGAACACCCUCGAAGUGAACGACCUCAUCAACUGCAACAUCUUUUGGCCGGACGGCUUCGGCGUCAGCGGCCAGUUUGUCUUCACCCUCUACUCGUUCAUCCUGGCCUUCGGCAUCCCCCUCGUCCUCAUCUUCAUCUUUUAUAUACUCGUCCUGCAAAAGCUCAAGUCCGUCGGUCCCAAGGCCAAGUCGAAAGAGAAGAAGAAGAGCCACCGGAAAGUGACCAAGAUGGUGCUGACGGUCAUCACGGUCUACGUCAUAUGCUGGCUGCCCUACUGGGUGCUGCAGCUGGCCCUGAUAUUCAGCCCCCCUAGGGAGGGGCAGAGCCCCUUCAUGGUGGUCCUCUUCCUCAUCUCCUCUUGUUUAUCUUACAUCAACUCCGCCAUCAACCCCAUCUUGUAUGCCUUCUUGAGCGAAAACUUCAAGAAGAGCUUCAUGAAGGCGUGCACGUGCGCGGCUAGGAAGGACGUCAACAACGCCCUAGCUGUCGAGAACUCGGUGUUCCCCCGCAGGAGGGGCGGGUCCUCUAAGCCUCGGUCCGCCAAGAGCCAAGACCUCGAAUCCAACGACGCGUUGACGACGCAUUGUAUAAAAGAUGAGCCCACGACCGCCAUUACGAUGACCACGCGCUCCACAGUGAGCCAGGCUGCCAGAGAGAAUGGCACAGAAAUCCCCACGUCUCAGCUUUAGACUUCAACUUCGACGAGGACAUUCUGACCUUUUCGAAGACUCAGAUUCAGAUUCCACGUACACCACUUUGUGCUGACAACUGGAACCACAGCUUCAAAAAAUAAUUAAGUAAACAGAAAAACAAAACAACUACGGUUUAUAGAGAGAAUAUCAACCACAGUUUAUCCGAAGAAGAAGAAAAAUAACUCCUCAUUUGAGGGAGUCAAUAUUUUGCUAACAAGAUGUAAUGUUUAGUUUUAAGAGCCCAGAGAAACUUAGUCCUGAAGUUAUUUUCGUCAACGUCAGGCGAAUCGUUUUGAAGGUAAAGUGUGCCAUUGUUUCAUAGUGUGUGCAAUUAUUUAAUUUCUGUGCAGUUAUUUCAUUUCUGUGAUGAAAGACUUCACUGCAGUUGCAGGAAAUGAUUAAGACAUUGAAACAGACAUACAGACGUGAAUAAAUAACGCUACUCCCUUGUAGUGGGAUUACAAAUAUCAAAAAGAAAAUUAAACAUAUUGUGGAUAUUUAUUGAGUGAAAAACAUUCUUUUCUAUGUUCCCACGUAAAUGAUAAUUUGAUAUGAUUUAGAAUGCUAUUACCAUGAGCUCAGGUAUUUCCUGUUACCAACAAAUGCCUGAGCUCAUAAUGAAUGGUUUCUUUGUAAUGCUUAUCAUUCAUAUGAAAUUGUAUUAUCAACUACGUCAUAUACUUAAAAAACAUUUUAUUUUGUGAAAAGACUGAGGUUAAGUUGCUAUGCGUUCAGCUCUUUUUACAAGUCUGUUACUGUGUCAUAUACAUAAAGAAACAUUUUAUUUUGUGAAAUAACUGAGGUUAAGUUGCUAAGCGUUCAUCUCUUUUUACAAGUCUGUUAUUUUUUUUACAACUAUGGAUACAUCUGAGCAUAAUGACCCUGGUUCUUAAGUAGCUACGUAACCUACAUCAUUUGACAUUCAUUUACAGAAUCCACUCACGAACGGCUGCUAAAAUGUCACUUUAACUUUAUCGCCAAGUCCAAAUUUACCAUCGUAAUAGUUUCACAGGAUUUACUCUCUCUCUCUCUCUCUCUCUCUCUCUC